AUGUCAAUAACAAUCACUUCAAUCCUACUCUCUAUUAUUUAUGUUGCGAUACUAAGAUGGGCAUGGAGAUUGCUGAACUGGGUUUGGUUUAAGCCGAAAAAGCUCGAGAGGUGCUUGAGACAACAAGGUUUUGCAGGCAAGCCUUGCAGGCUUCUGUUCGGAGACUGGAAACAAAAUACAGCCAUGUUGCAAGAAGCGAGGACCAAACCCAUUGGUUUAUCCGAUGCUCUUCUACCACGCGUCAUGCCCUUUCUCCAUCAAUUGGUCCAGGAUUAUGGUAAGAAUUCUUUUAUGUGGGUUGGGCCGAAACCAAGAGUGAACAUCAUGAACCUUGAUCAGAUAAGGGAGGUAUUCAUAAAGAUAAACGAAUAUCAGAAGCCCACGCAUCCGCUAUUGAAGCCUCUGGCAUGUGGACUUGCAAGUCACGAGGGUGACAAAUGGGCUAAACAUAGAAAGAUAAUCAACCCAGCAUUCCAUCAAGAGAAGUUAAAGCUUAUGAUACCUGCGUUUUACCAAAGUUGUAGUGAUAUGAUUAACAAGUGGGAGAAGUUGGUCUCUAUGAAGGAGGGGCCAAGCGAAUUGGAUGUCUGGCCUUAUCUUCAAAGCUUGACAUGUGAUGCUAUUUCUCGAACGGCAUUUGGAAGCAAUUAUGAAGAAGGAAAAAGAAUAUUUGAUCUCCUCAAGGAACUAACCGAUCUCACAAUUCAAGCUAUAAUAAAAGCAAUCAUCAUACCAGGAUAUAGGUUUCUGCCAAUCCCUUCUAACAGAAGGCUAAAAGCUAUUGACAAAGAAAUACAAGCUUCACUUAAGGCUCUCAUCAACAAAAGAGAGAAAGCAAUAAAGGCUGGUGCAGACACAAAGAAUGACUUGUUAGAUUUACUUUUGGAAUCCAAUUUUAAGGAAAUACAAGAGCAUGGAAAUUCCAAGUGUGUUGGAAUGAGCAGUCAAGAUGUGAUUGACGAAUGCAAAAUAUUCUACUUCGCUGGACAAGAAACUACCUCAGUUCUUCUUACCUGGACCAUGAUUUUAUUGGCUCAGUAUCCGGAUUGGCAAGCACGCGCAAGAGAAGAGGUUGUGCAAGCCUUUGGUAACAAAAAACCAGAUUUCGAUGGGCUAAAUCACCUUAAAGUUGUAACCAUGAUUUUGUACGAAGUUCUUAGGUUAUAUCCACCAGUAAUUUUGCUUAAUCGAGAUGUUCAUGAAGAAAUAAAGCUUGGAAAUUUGCUAUUACCUGCCGGAGUGCAGAUCUCGUUGCCAACAAUCCUCCUCCACCAAGAUCACGAACUAUGGGGUGAUGAUGCCACUGAGUUCAAACCAGAGAGGUUUGCUGAAGGAGUUUCGAAGGCAACAAAGAGUCAACUCGCUUUCCUCCCAUUUGGAUGGGGUCCUCGAAUAUGCAUUGGACAAAACUUUGCUUUGAUUGAAGCAAAAAUGGCUUUGGCAAUGAUUUUACAGAAUUACUCUUUCGAGCUCUCCCCUUCGUAUGCUCAUGCUCCUCGCACAAUCGUAACUCUUCAGCCGCAGCACGGUGCUCCAAUGAUAUUACGUAGACUCCACUAA